UUCAUCAUUCCCCCACGAGUAUCCGACCCACGGUUGAUGCGUAAUACAUUCCGACGAAAACGCGAUGAUAUUAAAGAGAAAUUCGCGUGGAUAGCGAAACGCAAAGGUUGUCGAUUGAUUGUUUAUCGAUUCGCGAAUAAAACACGUCAGAUUUAUGCUGCGGUAAACCACUUUUGUAUUAUACGUAUAAGACAGUUUCGCGGGCAAAUGGCGGAUCAAUAUCUCACCCCCACGCGGAUCUGAGCGGCAUCCCCGGUUACCAAAGAUUUACGCCAACUAAUUUGAGUUUUGUGAGUGAAAAACUACAUCGUCAUCUUCCUCGUUUUCUCCUCUUGGCGAUCGUUCGAUUAAUUUCUCGUGUCAUCGAGUCGUACAAUGACUACCUUUCACGAGAUUCCUAUAAGAGGAAUUUUAAAACGUGAACCACACGGAGGAUUGUGCGAAGAAUGAUGCAAAAAGUGAUGCCGGAAAAACAGCGAUCAGCGUGUUUCCAAACAUGGAAAACGCUGAUAACGAGUUAUUGUAAAAUCGAACAUCAUACUUUACGCUUAACGCAAAGUAAUAUAUUAAAAAACGUGUGUACACAGUAACUCUGUUGGAUGCUAGUAAGCAUUUAGUAACUGUAUGUUAACAUCAGAGAAAGACAUAAUGCUAAAUGUAUCGGGUGCUGCGCCAAAAUACUACCUCUGCUACAUGUACAAAGUUACAAAAUUGUUUGUAUUAGAAGUAAAAUGAAGAUAUAAAUUACAUAUAUAUACAAACGUACACGCGUAUAUGAAUUUAAGUGUAAACAAAGAAAUAUAUUCUGAUGUAUUAGUAUUUACACAUAAAUGUAUAUCGGAUUGAACCAGAAGCUCUUCCUAGAUAUGUGUCCUCUAUGUAUUACUUUCAAACAAUAUGACAAGAAGACGUUUGAUAACAUCGAUACUUUGACAAAUGCUUGAAAGAAAGAUACAUACCAACAGCUCAAAAGGAAUAAGUAUUAAAUAAAUAAAGAUGAGUGUACCGUACGAUGAAAACUUAGUAUGGAUAGUAGUAGUUGGGUUCUUAGUGGCCUUUGUUCUGGCAUUUGGAAUCGGAGCUAACGAUGUCGCCAAUAGCUUUGGAACAAGCGUUGGUGCUGGAGUACUUACAAUAUUUCAAGCUUGUAUUUUAGCAACUGUAUUCGAAAUUGCUGGGGCUGUACUCAUCGGCUAUAAGGUCUCUGACACAAUGAGGAAAGGCAUAUUAGACGUGACAUUGUACGAAGGCCAUGAAAAAGAACUAAUGGUAGGAGCGCUGUCUAGUUUAGCUGGAUCUGGUAUUUGGCUUUUACUAGCAACAGCAUUACGGUUACCUAUUUCUGGAACACAUUCCAUUGUUGGUGCUACAGUUGGUUUUUCACUUGUCUGUAAAGGUACUGCAGGGGUGAAAUGGAUAGCUCUUGCAAAUAUAGCAGCAUCUUGGUUUGCGAGUCCUGUGCUUAGCGGAAUUGUAUCGGGUGCUAUAUUUUGGCUUCUAAGAAAAUCUGUACUGCAAUCUAGCAAGCCCCUAGAACAAGGUCUUCAUAUUCUCCCGUUAGCGUACGGUCUCACUGUUGCUGUCAAUGUUAUUUCAGUUGCACACGAUGGACCUAAACUCUUAAUGCUGGAUAAAGUUCCAUGGUGGGGUAGUUUACUUGCUGCAUCGGGCUGCGGUUUGUUUUCAGCCGUCAUUGUUUAUUUAUUUGUCGUGCCAUGGCAAAGAAAGAGGAUAUUACUUUCGCUGAGUAGCAACGAAAAAGCAACAACAACGUUCGGUACCUGUGAUAAAAAAGAAACUACAGCAUUAUCUGUUAUUUCAGAAGCUCCGCAUAAUAGUAGUAGUAGUAGUAGUAGUAACAAUGGCAAUACAAAAGAAGCGGCGCCGAAAUUACGUGGUAAUAGCAGCGCUAGUCCUCUUUUAGUAGCAGCAGGAUCGGAUACUGAGGGUGUUCAAAUCGAAACUGAAAGGAAAAACGAAGAGCCGCCGGAAACGUCUCAACUAUUCGCUUUUUUGCAAGUACUGACAGCGGCAUUUGGCAGUUUCGCUCAUGGCGGGAACGAUGUUAGUAAUGCGAUCGGACCACUAAUUGCACUUUGGGCUGUGUACGCGGAUGGAUCGGCUAGACAAGAAACAGAAACUCCAUUGCUUAUAUUACUUUACGGUGGUCUAGGAAUAUCAACUGGUCUUUGGGUAUGGGGACGUAGAGUUAUACAAACUUUAGGACAAGAUUUAGCACGCAUUACACCAACAACUGGAUUUACUAUAGAGGUAGGAGCAGCAGUGACAGUUUUGUUGGCAAGUAAGGCUGGUUUACCUGUGUCAACAACACAUUGCAAAGUGGGAUCAGUCGUCUGCGUGGGGUGGGCUUCGCGUGGCGGUGAAGGGGUUUCAUGGAAAUUAUUUCGUAAUAUUGCGUUCGCGUGGUUGAUCACUGUACCAGUGGCUGGCUGCUUGUCCGCAGGAUGUAUGGCUGUUUUAAAAGAAAUAAUUAGUUUGUGAUUUCACUGUCAGGGCAACUAAAAAAUUCUAGUGAAAACCAUCCAAUGUCGUCAAUCGUUGUCAAUAAUUUAUUCAAAAAUAAAUAAUAAAAUAUUA